CUCUCAGACCGCGUUGUGAGCUAUUACGUGAUUGGCCGAAUUUAAUGAUCGUUUUCAAUAGAGACAAUUGAGCCACAUGUUUCAUGGUUGUCCUUAGAGCAAGUUUUCAAUAUGCCUUUCAAACUCAUUCACGGUGGCGAUGAUAAAGUGACAAAACAGCAUUUCAAAGGCUCGCGGCCAGCUGCUCUCGAUUGGGUCGCGACUAUAAUUGCAGGUCCGUGCGCGUAUUAAGUUUGAACAUCUAUCGCUCAGGUGCCGGCGAGGUAUUGUUAGAGUCAAAACCCGUACACUUCAUUCACAAAGUUAAUCACCUUGGAUCGGAACAGUUGAAAAUUUCUCGCUCCUGGAGCCGCGCUCACAGGGGAUAGUUAGAAGUAAAUUCGUUAAAACUGUCUUAAACCUGCACGCGACAUUUCAGAGAAUUGAUCCACGAGCCGUAGAUUGAACAAUGGGCGAUGAGAUGCUGAGUGUAUUUUACAGUGGAGAUAUUUUUUCCGGCCAUGGGAAGAUAACUGCUCGAGAAGUAGCAAGCCUGAAGGCGUCAUUCGACGACAAGAGUGAAUUUCGCCUUUUCAGAGACUAUUUCGGUCUGAUAAGACUUGUACAGAACGCUGAAUUGGACGGCACAGGGCCAAGUAGGUUUGACAGUUUGUAUCAGGAUUUCACGUACACCAAAAGAUCUCGUGUGGACAGCGUGGGCUCGGAUCAUUCCCUAACGAGUUCGAGCUCGGGAGGAAAUAAUGCAGAUAUCGAACUUUGCAUCGAAACCUCCAAAGCACCGGGGACCUCGCUCGCGCCUGGCGCGCCAACGCGAAACGUCUCGAAGCGUAACGUGGAAAACAACAGUGAGGUCGCGAAUCGCAACCGUAAAAAUCGGGAGAGCAAGAAAAAUAGAAACGCAAACGUUUGCGUUUUUUGCCGGAAUAACGGCGAGAGCAAAAAGGUGUAUUCAAGUCACGUUCUUAAAGAUGCCGAAGGGAACACAACGUGCCCGAUACUCCGAGCGUACACAUGUCCUCUGUGCAAGGCGUCUGGGGACCAAUCUCACACCAUCAAGUACUGCCCGAAGAACAAAAACGCUACAAAACAGCAACAACAGCCAAGCCAAACGGUUUAAAGUGAGAACUGUCAUUCUGUAUGCAGAAAUCUGCAGAGGAUAUGAUUACACCCAGACUUAAUUCACUUUCAAAGCAGCUUGGAACAACAACGCCUGGCUAAAUUAAACUGAAACAAAAAUCGGCGCCAUUGUAUAAAUCACCACCGUCUAACAAGAAAAGACUAGUCCCUAAAAUAUUGAGCUUCUGAACAUGGUAAACUAAUCUAGAUAUAUAAAUAAUACAGGAAGAUUUUAAAUAUUGUAGAUCUUUAACGUUUUUCUAAGGAGAAGUCCAUUGUAAGGUUUUUGCUCCCGAUAAGUCUAUUCUAACAAUGUAGAUUUUCUAGAAGUUUUGUAACAUUUCAGAAUCUUUGAUAAAUUGUUACCAAAAUGAGAAAAUAACUUUCCGGGAGAAUUACCAGCGUUGUGCAUAACGAAUUCGAAAACGUUGGCUGAUUUUCUCAGCAAUUGUGGGGGUAAAUAUGUCCCCCGUUUAAGAUAUGACCAAAUUUAACAAGAAUUUGAAAUACGACUCAUUAUUGUAUACCAAAAUUUGCCAGUAUAUUCGGCAUGUCAAAAUUUAAACUCAUAUAAAAUUAAUAUGUGUACAGGGAAAAGAAAAAAUAAUACUUAAACUUUGGUGCGACGAAUUAGUUAAUAUUGCGGAUACAUUUUAUUGAUAACAAGCCAACACUUUCCACCCGGAAAAAUUACAUGAUUUCUAACUGGGAAGCGAAUCCUAGUCUAAGGUUUCUUUUCGUUUUAUUUCAAAGCUUGACAUCUUUCAAGGCUUUAUAAUUGCGGGGGUUGUGCUAUAAAAUAGCGUAUUGAAGUUGUAAUCCGUAAAUAAGCGAAUUAUCAUAUGCCCUCUGUCAAAUACGGUUUGUCCAACGAGGUUCCAAGCGAGCUCUCAAAGUUUGAAGGCAUUGUUCGGUAUAGAGUGAGUUUUUCUUUUACAAUCCAGGUACAGUGAAAUUGUGAAUUUGAUAGCGAAAUGAGAACGGUGAAUUAACGAAGCUUUCUAAUGUCAUUAUACCAGUGGUAGUCGACAUUAUUCAUGCAAUAAAAUUGAAUUGUUUUCGAAUGGCCUUGUUGUUGACUGAAACAACUCAACUUCACUUAAAUUCUACUUUAAUCUCUCUAGAAUGUAAAACUCUUUUUUUUUCCAUAGAAGCAACCCGCUCUUUUGAAACCGCCAUAAAUUAAAACGAAACUGCUGUUGGUUUAUUGUUUAUGUUAUUUCUUAAGAGAUUAUCACGCUACAGUAUACAAACUAGAUGGCUUUUAGCAUGAAAGUCGAACCAGCGAAGUGAUUCGUUUCACGAAAUCAAAUGACUCUCUUGUCUCAGUACAGUUUCGAAACCGCACACAGUUCAAAUAAAUGAUAUUAUUUCAUGUAAUUGUGUACUAACAUUUAAGACUAUGGGGGUUUCAAAUGAUCGACCUUACAUAAAAAUUGGCAGAAGUGAGACAGUGAAAUGGACGAAAGGUGACAAUGAAUAUUGAGUUCAUUAAAAAGGGGUUCGCAUUAAAUUCAAGGUUAAAUGAUAUGGAUGGGUAUUAAGGCUUCCCUUCACACGUUGUAUUUAUCCAUAUAUACGCGCGCGAAAUGGUUAUAAAAUAAGUUGAGCCUCGUGAUCUCCCAUAAAUGCGUGUAAGCUGUCACUUUAGAAAUCGAAACAAAAAGCCACGAGUUGGCGCUGACACAACAGAAGUGGUCACGAAAGGGGAAACUGAGGCUUUCAAAGCUUUUGUGUUGUGUGGUAUAGUCAAGCACGUUCUCGAAUGUUGAAGAUAAAAAGCAAGAACCGUAGUUCUUUGAGGGAGCUCUGUUUGGGGUUUCAAAAGCUGAAGAUCUUUGCCUAGCGUGUGAUCCUAAUGCAGUCAUUAUAGAUGGUUAUAUACCUUGGUAGACAGUAAGGAACCGUUUCGUUAUUAACAAUAAAUGAACACAGCUUGACGUUAUAAGACACGAAAAUGCACUGUGAGUAAAGAAAA